CUCUUCUCCGCGACGUUUUGGACUUCUACGUUGAGCUGAACUGAUCUUCUGUCUCAGCCUGACGACAAAUCGUGAUCUUGCGCAGCAGGACAAGAAUUGGUAUACGAAGUUUCUAGGCUGAUGGCUGAGAGCUGUGGUCAACGGUCAGGAGACGCGUGAGUCGAGCAGCAUUGGCAUUCAGACAGCACCUCUCGAGUAGUGAUGUUGGUUCCUGCCACUCAGUGUCAUUAGGUGGUUCGAGUGCCAGCAGUUAAUCAAACACUACGAGGAAUUAAUUGGCAUCAUGAGCAUCUGCAUGCUCUGAAUAUCUGAGCUAUUAAUGGAAGGAACGUGGACAAACGGCCUCCGGAGCUGCAUGCGGAGGAUCCUCGCCCUCGGCAUUGGGCGAGACAUUUCUCGAUGCCAUCUGCGAACGAGUCCAACGGUCGAACAUAUACACUUCUUCCAAGCAGAUUCUCUGCUAUACCCAGCCCCCGCCAUGUCUCAGUGAUCGGCCUGAGUGGUAUGAGGGGCAUCAAGAACAGCUGUAUAAGUAUCAGAAGAGAUCUCACUCUUUGCCAACAUCCCCAUCAGCAACUCAAUCCUUCGCAACAAGCACCUUCAGCACUCUCUUGCCACUCUUUCAUUGACACCAACUCUUCACUCUCCUUACACCACUACCAACUUCGUCCACUUCUUGACGCAACAAGUCUUCCGCAUUUCUUCCAAUCAUUCGACAUGCGUCGCGGUAUUGCAGCUUUGGCCGUCUGUGCCUCCUUUGUGAGCGCUCAGAGCACCACUUCCAUCGACAUUGAUGCCAUCUCUGUCGCUAUCCCCACCACGGUCUUCAACCUUCCGGUCGUCUAUGUCACCGCUGAGGACGCACCUACCGUCACAGCUACAACUCUCGCCUCCAGCGCCAUUCCUUCUUCUGACCCUUCGGCUACCAACGUCUUUGACUCUCCCGCAGAUGUCACUGCAGCCCUGUCUUCGGCCUCUGAGCUCGCUGCUGCCACUUCCAGCGCUGCUGUCGACAAGCGUGCCGCUUCUAGCUGUGUCCCUCAACCCACUGGUAUCAAUUAUGCCGUCCAGCCUGACACUGCAGCUGGCUGGGUUGCUGAUACUCACUUCCCAUCCGUCGCCAGCGCCGCCAAUGCUGCAGUCCCUGCCGGCUAUGUUUCUAGUUUCGUCGGAUUGAACGCCUCCAACUCCGCCGACGGCUAUGCAGGUUUCACCCUGAUGAGCUCGUACGACGUCGCCGGCUGCGCAGCCAAGUGCAACGCCAUCUCUUCCUGCAAAUCUUUCAAUAUCUACUUCGAGCGCGACCCUAGUGUCAACCCUGACGACACCACCUGCUCUGACCCUGCAUCCUAUGUGCAGGUCAAGUGCGUCUACUGGCAAGGUGCGGUCACCACUGACAACGCCAACAACUUUGGUCAGUGGCGCAAUCAGUUCCAGGUCCUGAUUGCUGGUAGCAACGGAUACAUCAACUCUGCCUACGCUGCUGCUCUUGCCUCUGGAAAGGUUCCCUCCGACGCUAUUGCUCCCACUUCUCAAGAGUCUAGCUCCCAAAGCACCUACGACAUCUACUCUGGCUAUGACUCUAACGUCGGUGCCUACUCCAAUGCCCAAGCUUCCAAGUCUUACCAGGACUGUGAGACUGCUUGCGAUGCUGACUCUUCUUGUAAUGCCUUCACCUAUGUCGGUGGUGCCAAUGGUGUGGGCAGCGGCACUUGCUGGUUGAAGCAGAAGCUCGGUAAGCCCACCUCUGCUGGUACCAACGUCGUCACUGGCAGCAAGACCGGCAAGAUCAACGUCCUGACUGUUAUCUCCGCAUUCUACGAUGACCUCGACGUAACCAACACUGUCAAGGGCUUCAAGUCUGGUAACAACAUCAACAUCAACACUGCCAACAUGGUCAGCCAAUUUGGUAGCGAUCCAUACAGCGGACAGCAGAAGGCUUUGUCUAUCCUGUUCUCGAACGGCACCGCAACUCGUGUCUUCAUCGCCACCGAUAACACCGGUUCCUACACUCUUGCUCCCGGAGGCUCCAACGCUGCUCCCAACGUCGUCGACACCAACGUCGCUCCCAACACUGCCUCUUCAUCCAUCUUCUCCAUCGUCUAUGGCAAGGCCCAACUCACCAGCCAGAGCACCUACAACACAUACAAUGGCUACUUGUCUGCUCACAACCAAUUCUACAUUGGUAACGGCGAGAUGGGCGUUGACACCUGGCCUGGAGUCCGCAAGACUGGUAUCUUCUGGUACACCACUGGUGGCUCGAUUGUUGCCAAGGCUUUCAGAGAGUACGGCUACUACACUUUCUAAGCAACUACAUAUCUUGGAGUUGUCAAGUGAGCUCUUUAGCUCGGGGAAUAUUUCCUCUGUUGGUUUGCUUUUUCUCUGUUCGUUCCGUCUGGUUAUGUUCUCACUUCAAGCAACAAUCUCACCAAAAAUAUCUGCUUUCGGUUCUUGACUUAUCAUCAGCACGAGUGUUAGCGAGUCGGGGGCAAUUGGCGGUGAUUAUGUUUCAUCGUUUCUGCAUGUUUCAAUUUUUGUAUAUAUCUUUGCCUUACCUGUAUAUAUCUCAUCAAGGCUUUUCACCAACAAC